AUGUGGUAUGUUUGUAUGGAGAGCUCUAAAAGGAAGAAUACCGACAACAACCAAUUAAGGGAAAGAGGUAUACCGAUACCGUCGGGAAUAUGUAAAGUCUGCAAUCGGGAGGAAGAAACACCGAACCACGCUUUAGUAAAGUGCAGGAUAACGGAAGAUGUAUGGGAUCAAGUCGGAGUAUGGGUAAAAGCACCAACGGCUACAAAACGGAAAACACUCGGUGAGAUUUUCAACUCGUUAAACGACUAUAACUGGCCGAAGGCAAAGAAAAAAGCGGUACAUGCAAUCUUUUUAUUGGCAACUUGGGUAAUUUGGAAGAACCGGAACGAGAAGGUAUUUAGAACAACAAAUGGCGAGGUAUUUAAAAUGAUUGAAGAAAUUAAAGAAGAGUCUUUCCAAUGGAUGAAAUAUAAAACAAAGGUGCCACCGAUUUCAUGGGAGAAUUGGAUCUAUUUUUCAUGGUGA